UUUCAUAACCCAACAGUGUUCUUACUGCCGUUAGUGAUUUAUAAAUCAGAUGUUUUUGACAUUCAGCCAUAAACAUCAAAGCAUUUAUCAAAGGAAAACAUUGAAAUGGCGUACCUUAUUAUAAAAAUUGUGUUCUUUUUUCUAAAUUAUCUCCGCUCAAUGGAGAUAAUUUGGGAAUUGUUUGAUUCUAACCGGUUAGCAAGGAAACGUUUGCUGUAUGAACACUUAGCACUAAAAAUGUGUAGUAUAUAUGGAGCGAAGUCAACAAGGUCUAUUUGGAUAAAGACUCGUGGCCAAAUGUUUUGGGAAGUCGACUGCCAGGUGAAUUCGGAUGCGUUUUUUAAAAACAACUUCCGAAUGAAGCGCAAUUCUUUUAUUAAAUUGUGCAUUAUGUUGAAAGAAUUGGAGAAGGAAAAUACCAACUACCGCAAAGCAAUUCCAUUAGAGAAACGCAUUGCUAAAGCUUUAUAUGCUCUUGGCUCUUCUGCAGAAUAUCGAACAAUUGGAAAUAUGUUCGGAAUUGGUAAAAGCACUGUCUGCUCCAUUCUAAUUGAUUUCUGUCAUGAAGUCUGGCGUUGUUUGUGGCCUUUGUAUUUGAAGAAAUUCCCAAUGAACGAAAUUCAAUUGCGCGAAUAUUUAAAUGGUUUUGAGUCAUUGGGUUUCCCUCAAGUGUUAGGAGCUAUAGAUGGUUGUCAUAUAGAAGUUCGCCCAGCUGCAGAAGAUGCUGUUGACUACUACAAUUACAAAGGCUGGUAUUCCACAGUUCUUUUGGCUUUAGUAGAUGCAAGAUGUCGCUUUAUAUACAUCAACGUUGGUAGUCCAGGCCGUUGUAAUGACUCUUCAAUAUUUGAGAGAUCAUCUUUAAAAUGCGAGUUGGCACAAUCUACUAUAUUUAAAGACAUGAGUAAACAAAUAUCGUCAGUUAAUGUUCCAGUCGUUUUGUUGGGCGACUCUGCGUUCAAAUUUGAUGAACAUUUGAUGAAACCGUACCCAUUUUGUGUAAACCAACCUUUGGAUAAAAACAAAUUCAACAAUGUACUCUCGAAAUGCCGAAGAGUGGUGGAGAAUGCUUUCGGUCAUUUAAAGGGAAGGUUUAGACGGGUUGGAAAAGGCUUGGAUAACCACAUGGCCAACACGAAAAUCGUCAUAAAAGCGUGCUGCGUUUUGCACAACUUUUUAAAUGAGGAAAAUGAUGAAAUUAACGAAAAGUGGAUUGCAGCACAACAAAUCGAAAACGAAUCUCAGCAGUUGCCAGAAGACGUCUCUAACAUUUGUGGAAAUGUCAACCCAAGAGCAGAGGAAAUAAGACAAGCGUUCGUUUCGUAUUUCGGUAAUAUUUUUCAACGGGAUUCAGUUGAUCUAAAUUCCACUGACCCAACUGAAAAAAAUGAUGACUUGGAGAUUCUCAACAACGACGGACUUUGGCAGGGUACAUCUGCCACAAACUUGGUAAAGACAACCCAGUGCCAAUUCAGAAAAUUGUUCAUCUUAUACUUGGGUGGAUCACCUUUCUGAAGGAGGACUCUCAAAACCAACAGAUAUGAUGUGCUCAAUCAACAUGUGAGACCCUUGUAUGCAGCAUUUGACGACGAAAAUGGAACUGGUAAUGGUACAUAUCUGCACAAAUUAUGUUCAGAAGCACUUAGAUUUAAGUAAUUUUGUAAACUGUAACACGAAAGUAAAAUCACUGUUUUUUAUAGCUAGAAUGUAUUUUAGGAUUCG